AUGUCCAAAGGGGCCAAGAUCCGCGCCCUUAUGGACAAAAAGAAGAACAUCAGAAACAUGUCCGUAAUUGCUGACUUCGGUCACGGAAAGACGACACUGACUGACUCGUUGGUAUCCAAGGCCGGUAUUAUUGCUGGAGCCAAGGCCGGUGAAACAAGUUUCACUGAUACCCGUAAAGAUGAACAGGAUCGUUGUAUGACCAUCAAGUCAACGUAAGUUAAUAUUUUGAUAUUCAAUUUGUUUUACAAAGUUUUUGGUCAUUUUUGAUGUUGUUUUAGAUGUAUUAGUAUAAUCUUGCUUUGGAAAGAAAUUAUUUUGCUUUUAAAAAGCUUUUUAUUAUAACGUAGAGCAAAAUAUAAUGUUAUAGAGGUAUGUUAAUAUAAUUUUUUCAUUUUAGUGCCAUCUCUAUGUUCUUUGAACUUGACACCAAGGAUUUGGACUUCAUAAAGGGAGACAACCAGAUUGAGGUUGAAGAUGGCAAAAACAUAACGGUUUCUUGA